AUGCCGCGGGUCCACGAGACGAGGCCACCGAAGACGCCGCGGGAUACAGACCUGAGUGCGGCAAGCAAGAAGACCUCAGUCCCGGAGCGCGAGGCGCAAAAGUCGCAGCAAGCUUUCGCAAACGCCCCCAGCACAGAGAAGAAGGCCGCUACGACCUCUACCUCGACGGCGACGUCGGAGACACCACAAGCGACGCCGGCACCAAAGGCCAAGCCCCGCUCGAAGCUGCGCGCCCCGCGCAAGGCGGCGAUGAAGCUCACACCCUCGGCGGUAGACCAUCUGCGGGCGCUGCUCGACCAGCCGGACCCGAAGCUGAUCAAGGUUGGGGUGCGGAACCGCGGGUGCAGCGGGCUGGCGUAUCACCUCGAGUACGUGGACAAGGCGGGGGCGUUUGAUGAGACGGUCGAGCAGGACGGCGUCAAGGUGCUGAUCGACAGCAAGGCGCUGUUCAGCAUCAUUGGGAGCGAGAUGGACUGGGUCGAGGAUAAGCUGAACCAGCGGUUUGUGUUCCGGAAUCCAAAUAUCAGUGAGUACCUUCCUGUCUGA